AUCCAGGUCUCUUUACAUAUACUCACCCCACUCAACCCUUUUUGUUCCGUUCAACUACUCAACUUUGUUAAUAUAAUAAUGGCUGCAGUCGAUACCACAAAAAUCUUUAGAACUGACUUGUUUAACGGCAAGGUUUUGCUAUGCUCUGGGGGCGGCAGUGGCAUUUGUCGUGGCAUGACAGAAGCAAUGGUCACUCAUGGCGCAAAGGCUGUCAUUAUUAGUCGAAAUUUCGAAAAGUUACAAAAGGCAGCGGAAGAAAUGAGCAAGGCUACCAACGGCGAGGUUAUCCCUGUCCAAGCCGACGUGCGUAAACCCGAAGAUGUCGAACGAGCAGUUGCCAAGACGAUCGAAAAGUUCGGCCGGAUCGACUUUCUGAUCAAUGGUGCUGCCGGUAACUUCUUGGCACCUUUCGAUGGUCUUUCUUACAAUGCUUUCCGAACCGUCAUUGAGAUCGACUUGCUUGGCUCGUUCAAUUUGACAAAGGCUACCAUGCAGCACCUUCGUGCAUCCAAGGGCUCUAUCAUCAACGUCAGUGCAACCCUUCAUUAUACCGGUACCAUCUUCCAGCAGCAUGCAGGUGCUGCUAAGGCUGGCAUUGAUGCCUUGACCAAGCAUUGGGCAGUCGAGCUGGGUCCUUCUGGUGUUCGCGUAAAUGGCAUCGCACCUGGUCCUAUUGCUGCCACUGAGGGAUUAAGCCGGUUGGCCGGUGAUUUGACGGAUCCUCAACAAAUCCCAGUUCAGCGUGUGGGUGAGGUGAAGGAUAUUGCACAGGCUACCGUAUUCCUGUUUUCAGAGGGCGCCACUUUCAUCACUGGCCAAGUUGUUGUCGUUGAUGGUGGACAUUAUCUUCAAACAAGCAACCCUGCUUAUCCUGACAGCGUUCUCGCCUCAGUACCAGACUCGAAGCUCUAAAUUUUGUUAAUUAAACAUUAUAAUACUACCACUUUCACCCAAGUUUUUUUCUCAAUUACUUUUUAUCAUUGGAGAAAGACAUCCUUGAAAAAUCAUGGUGUAAAAAUGUUGGAUGAAAAGAAGUGGUUAACUGUAAAGUUAAGUUUAUUUAUUACAGUAUGUACAAGUGUAUAUCUGGAUAUGACAUUGUAUGCAGUACAAUAUGUAGGUGGUGUUAUAAGAUAACAUUGUGCUUAUGGGCAUAAAAGGUUUACAGUAAUUGUUUAGGAACUGACAGAACCCCAGCAAAGGCUUUUGACAGGCG